UCUCAAUAAUGUUUGUAGACGUGAGAAGUAAAACAUUAGAAUCCACAUUUGUCUUUCUGUUGCAAUCGCUCGCUUUUCUUGUUUUCUUUUACUUUUUGAAGACCCGAAUCAAGACGAAUAAAAUUGAGCGUCAUUUGCGACUUUUAGAGCGCAAACAUGAGAACGAAUGGAUCCUUCUGGAGCCAGCUCAUUGUCUCAGUAAGAUCAAAGCAAUGCAAUGUCUCUCCGAAGAAAGUCUCAAUGAAUAUUGAACUUUAAAGUUUUCAUAAAUUCGUCUCAA